CUGCGGAGAUUGGCGGAGGCGGUCAUGUGGGCGGUCACGUGCUGCGGCGAGCUCCGUCCAAAAGAAAAUGGGGUUUGGUGUAAAUCUGGGGGUGUAAUGUUAUCAUAUAUCACGCUACCUCGUAAAACCGACACUGAAAGCUGCCGGACAACAAAUCACAGGUCAAAAUUAUGAGUUCUUCGUAUUAUGUGAACGCGCUUUUUAGCAAAUAUACGGCGGGGGCUUCUCUGUUCCAAAAUGCCGAGCCUACUUCGUGCUCCUUUGCGCCCAACUCGCAGAGGAGCGGCUACGGGGCGGGCGCCGGCGCCUUCGCGUCCACCGUGCCGGGCUUGUACAAUGUCAACAGCCCCCUGUACCAGAGCCCCUUCGCGUCCGGCUACGGCCUGGGCGCCGACGCCUACGGCAACCUGCCCUGCGCCUCCUACGACCAAAACAUCCCCGGGCUCUGCGGUGACCUCGCCAAAGGCGCCUGCGACAAGGUGGACGAAGGCGCGCUGCACGGCGCGGCCGAGGCCAAUUUCCGCAUCUACCCCUGGAUGCGGUCUUCAGGGCCUGAUAGGAAGCGGGGCCGCCAGACCUACACGCGCUACCAGACGCUGGAGCUGGAGAAGGAGUUCCACUUCAACCGCUACCUGACCCGGCGCCGCCGCAUCGAGAUCGCCCACGCGCUCUGCCUCACCGAGCGCCAGAUCAAGAUCUGGUUCCAGAACCGCCGCAUGAAGUGGAAGAAAGAGCAUAAGGACGAAGGGCCGGCGGCUGCUGCAGCCCCCGAGGGGCCCGUGCCCGAAGCAGCAGCCACGGCCACCGCAGCAGACAAGGCCGAAGAGGAGGAGGAGGAGGAAGAUGAGGAUGAAGAGGAGGAGGAGUGAGGGGCCCAGCAGGGCCCUGGGCUGCACCAGACAGUCCGGAAAGCGUCUUUAGAGACUCGUCGAUUUUAUUUACAAAAGUUGAAAAAUAAAAAGAAAAUGUAAAAAAAAAAA